AUGGAGCGGCGACAGAUGGCCCGGCACAGCAAGUCGUUGGAGCCGGGGCCGACUUGCAUUGUGAUUCUGGGUGACAGUCCGGAGGAGAAGCAAGCUCUCAAGAGGCGAAUCCUGCAGGUGUGUAGGGCCCGACGAGACAUUGUCAUCCACGGCUGCACUUCCUUCUUGAGCGAGUUGCAUAAGCCUGCUUUCUACGAACAUCUGCCCGCUCAGAUCGUUUACCUGUGCUGCGAAUCUAAGACUCUGCAUUGGCUGACGGACCCUGUCCUCGACGUGACUGCCGAGCCUGAUGAUAAGGACAAGAAGAACUGCCACAUCAUCUUGGCCACCCGGCUCUUGGGCGGUUAUGCUCCCAUUUUGCAGCUCCGUGCGGCUGCUCUGAGCCCACACCAAAUCUACCUGGGAAAGCAGAUGCCGGAUUGGGUCGGCCAGUUCUGGGCGCGACUGCACCGAGGUCUUGUGGACAGUCGAAUUGGUACAAAUGUCUCCAUGGUUUUGCGGGACAAGAAGAAGAAGCAGCUGAUUCUCGCCUGCAUUCAAUCCUGA